AUGUCCGUAAGAAUGCAUAAUACUACUCCUGCAAGUAUCAUGAAUUCGAAUGAUAGCGACAAAAGUUUUACAAAGAAAUCUCUUAUAUCUUUGGAAUGUAAGAAAAGUAUCGAUAAAAUAUACGAACUAAUGAAGAAGUUGAGCAAAGUAGACUCAUCUGAUUCCUCAACCUCUAAGUGUGAACUUUCAUUAACUAAUGAAAGUAACUUGCAUCCUCUUAAAGGCAAAAGCUUCACGUUACAAAUCAGUGACAGCGGCACUAGUUUAAAACAUCAGCUAACGUCGUCUAACCCCAGCAUUUAUAGUUUUAAAGAAACUAAUAAUUCUGCUGAAGUUCCAACUUUAAAGAACGUAACGGUAAAGACCACAACAGCUGAAGCAAAUAUUAUCCCGAAAGUUGUAAUUAGUUCUAAAUCACACAUACAAAAAUUAGAUAAGAAUGAAAGCAAAUCUGUUAAAAAACUUACCAUUAAUACUCCCGAAAGCAUUCCCAAAAACCCCUUGAAGGCAAUUUCUCAUUUAAUAAAUGAGUUCGACCUUAUUCAAAAAAAUAAGCAAGGAACGAUAACAGAAGCAAUAGAAAAUAAGAGAACAAUGAACGUUGACAUUGAUGGUAAAAGUUUUACACGCCAUAAAAAAGUGUCACAUUAUGAAAAUCAGACCAAGGUUAUUCCCAAUAAAAUUACCAUACCCAAUGAUAGAAAAACUCAAUCGAAAUUAUCAGUAAAUCGAGGCAAGAUUAUUAAUCAACAAAUUGCAGUCGAUGAUAAAAAUAUUGAGAACCGAAAAAAAAUCACUGAUAUUGUUGAUGAUGCCUUGAGAGAAGCCAGAGGUGAGGCAGUAAGAGGUCCUUCUAAGCCAUAUACAAGAUUGGAUAGCCUAUCUCAACCAAAAAGGCUUAACAUCAACAGCCAAAAUGAAGGCGUAAAACUAAGACAUGGAAAAAAUACUGUUCCUGACAAAUUAUCGCAUUCAAGAUUUGCAGCACCCCAAAUUUUAGAAAAAUCUGUUGUUUCAACUCCUGCCUAUAUUAAAUUAAGACAGAAAAGAAACCAACAGGAAAAUGUCACCGCUUCAAACUCUAAAUCACCACAAAACUUAACAAUUACAGAAAAGCCGACGAGACAGAAACGUACAAUCAGCAACUUCCCUAUUGACAAUGCAAUACCGCCUAUAAAUACACCAUCCUAUAAACAAAGAAAUGUUCCUGAAAAUUCGCGUUCGCUUAAGAAGGCGAUGCCCAUUGAGUCGUUGAACUUAAAAAAGCAUAAUCGACAACUUUCACUAACGCAAACUGCAGCUUCAAGCAAUUUACUUCAAAAAACACAUAAGUCACAUUUCAUUCCUACUCCAAACUUUUCACAACAGAGCAGAGACCCAACAUUAGGAAUCUCGUCAAAUUUUGUAUCUCAAGAGCCAACAGAAAUCAAAUUACCUGUCCGUAAUGAGCUGGCAGCACCGCUUAUGGUCCAUAACGAAUUCAUAAAAGUACCAACAUUAUUAAAUGAAGCAAACAAUUUUACAUUGUCAAAAAACUUAUCUAAGGAUAAUGAGCUCGUAUCAAUUUGUUCAGAUUAUGAUGUAGUGGAUAUAUUAGAAGAUAAAGACGUUUUAACAGCUGUAUCAAGCAUACCCACACAAAAUAAAAGUGAACAAAGUAAGGAGACAAAAGGUAAUGAAAAACUAGAUGUAAUUGUUUCAAAAACUGUUUUUCCAGAACACGAUAAUGACGGAAUAAAACAUUUAGAAAAAGCUUUAUAUCGACAAAUGUCAGAAGGCGUCUUCCAAAAGCGCUUAAAGAUUAAAAAUUUAACCCUGACGCCUAAACCAUCUAUGGAUCAGGUGUUUCUCUUACAAUGUGGUGAUGCUAAUUCACUACUAGUAAAAUCGUGCAUAGCGCAAAACAAUUACCCAAACGGUGACAAAGUACAGCUAUCCAAACUUUCGAAAUCGUAUUUAGAUUGGAGUAACCCUACGAUUCCUAUAAACAUCGCAACAAUAGGAUAUAGUUUUCCUAAAUUUAAAUCUAUUAAAUGUGGCUCUAACACUCAAAUUAAAUUUAUCACUAAUGAGGAAGCAGGUCUUCCAUUAACUACUAAAGGACUAAAAAAUUCUAAUGAUGAAAAAGGAAUACAAACUUUACAGUUAGAUAAAGGAGGUAUACAUAUUGAUGUUGGUUUUAGUACGGCUGGUUUAACGAAGAUAACUGAAACAAUUGUUAAUGGUUGUACAGAUUUGCCUGUACCUUUAAUAAAUAAUAACAGAAAUGCGCAAUCCGAAAAUAUAAAUAUCACUAACGAAAGUGAAAACGUUACUAAUACUACAUCGCUUGAUAUUUUAGCUGAACUUUUGGGUGAAAUUGAGAAAAUAGCAAAAUAUCAAAGCCUUAAAGCGAAUGAUGAAGAAAAAAUUGAAACAAAGCAACCAUAUAACCCAAGUGCAGAUCUGAACUGUUUUGUCCCUGAUGAACUUACAGCAUUUUGUUUGAAUAGAAAUGUCAUAACUAGCAAAGAUCAAUCAAGUACACUUGAAUCUGAGGUAAUACGGAAAAAUGAUAAUUUAAGUGAUGUUACCCAGAAAAUUAUUAAAGUUGCCAAUAUAAUAGAGCCAAAGUAUGUUGACAAGGAAGUGACUGUAACGAUAUAUAACGAAUGCAUUAACGCAUUUACGGACGUGCCUUCUCAAUUAAGUAUACCGAAAGAAGAACAUCGAAAUGCUUCAAAGCCUUUUACGGGUACUAUAAGCGAACCGUCUAAUCAUUCUCUUGUGUCUUUAUAUGAUUAUCGUACUUUAUAUUUAAAUAAAAUAAAAGACAUGACAUAUAUCCAAUCUUUUAACCAAACUAAGCAAAGUGAUGAUUCAAUGGAGAAUUAUGGUCAAUAUGUUGAUGGAAAAGGAAAUGAAGAUAGUACAUGUCUUAAAAACCAAAAGGUUUUUAAUUCCAUGCUCAGAAUCAAGAGAGAUAUUCUAGUCACUAUUUACUCUAUUUUAGUGUUUACUGUUUUCGCUGCUUUGUCUUUGUCAGAAUUUAUAUAUUAA